AUGCUGUUUCUUGGGCUGUUGUUGCUGCUGACACUAUUGGCUGGCAGCCGCCUGCUGUGGGGCCAGAGGAAACUCAGGGGCUUCCACCUCCCUCCUCGUGCCCCAGGCUUCCUGCACUUUCUGCAACCCAACCUCCCCAUCUAUCUGCUCAGCCUCACUCGGAAACUUGGGCCCAUCUACAGGCUCCGCUUGGGGCUUCAGGAUGUCGUGGUGCUGAACUCCACCAGGGCCAUCGAGGAAGCCAUGGUCAGAAAGUGGGUGGACUUUGCUGGCAGACCCCGAGUACCAUCCUACAAGCUGGUGUCUCACAACUAUCCAGACCUGUCACUAGGGGACUACUCCCUGCUCUGGAAGGCCCAUAAGAAACUUGCCCGCUCAGCCCUGCUACUGGGUGUCCGUGAAUCCAUGGAGUCCCUGCUGAAGCAGCUGACUCAGGAGUUCUGUGAGCACCUCAGAGUCCAGGCCAGUGCCCCCCUAGCCAUCCACAAGGAAUUUUCUUUCUUUGCCUGUAACAUCAUCUGCUGCCUCACCUUUGGAAAAAAGGAUGACACCCUGGGACAUGCCAUUUAUAAUUGUGUUCAGGAUGUCAUGAAAGCUUGGAACCACUGGUCUGUCCAAAUUUUGGACUUGGUUCCCUUCCUCAAGUUCUUCCCCAACCCAGGGGUCUGGAAGCUGAAGAAGAUCAUGGAAAAAAGGGACAAAAUUGUAGAGCAGCAGCUGAGGCAACACAAGGAAAGUUUGGUGACAGGCCAGUGGAGAGAUAUGAUAGACUACAUGCUCCAAGAGCUGGGGCGGCCGAGAGAGGACAGUGGUUCUGGACAGCUCCUUGAAGGGCACGUGCACAUGGCCGUGGUGGACCUUUUCAUCGGUGGCACUGAGACCACAGCGACCACCCUCUCCUGGGCUGUGGCUUUCUUGCUUCACCACCCUGAGGUUCAGCAUCGACUGCAGAAGGAGCUGGACCUCCAACUGGGGCCCGGGGCUUCAAGCUCCCAGGUCCUAUAUAAGGACCGAAUGCGACUGCCCUUGCUCAAUGCCACCAUCUCAGAGGUGUUACGCCUUCGGCCUGUGGUGCCCUUGGCCUUACCCCACCGCACCAUCCGGCCCAGCAGCAUCCUUGGCUAUGACAUUCCUGAGGAUACAGUCAUCAUCCCUAACCUCCAAGGUGCCAACCUUGACGAGAUGGUCUGGGAGCGGCCACAGGAGUUUUGGCCUGACCGAUUCCUGAAGCCUGGCAAGAACCCCAAAGUGACAUCCUUUGGCUGUGGGGCACGCGUGUGCCUAGGAGAACCGCUGGCGCGUGUGGAACUCUUCAUGGUGCUGGCCCACCUGCUCCAGGCCUUCACGCUGCUGCCUGAGGGUGCCCUGCCCUCUCUGCAGCCCCAGCCCUACAGUGGUGUAAACCUCCUGAUGCAGCCUUUCCAGGUGCGGCUGCAGCCCCGGGACCUGGGGGCCCCAGGGCAUGACCAGUGCCAGUGA